GCUCUUGAUACCUCGACCGAGACACCCAACGACCACCAACAACCAGCGAUCCGGCCAAAUCAGUCAAAAUGGUCAACGUUCCCAAAACCCGCCGGACGUACUGCAAGUCCAAGCAGUGCCGCAAGCACACGCAGCACAAGGUCACCCAGUACAAGGCUGGAAAGGCCUCGCUGUUCGCUCAGGGAAAGCGCCGUUACGACCGGAAGCAGAGCGGUUACGGUGGUCAGACUAAGCCCGUCUUCCACAAGAAGGCUAAGACCACCAAGAAGAUUGUGCUCCGUCUGGAGUGCACUGUCUGCAAGACCAAGGCUCAGCUGUCUCUGAAGCGCUGCAAGCACUUCGAGUUGGGUGGUGACAAGAAGACCAAGGGUGCUGCUCUUGUCUUCUAGAUUUGUGGUUUCCUUACUUCGGCUCUGGGUCUCCUGCAUUGCGCAAGCGCUCUACUAUUAUAAUGGAGGGCAUACGAUUUUAGCAAUGAAAAAAUGAAUAGGAAUUCAAAUUACAUAUGAGUCAGAACUGUACCCACUUGACGAAUCUGUAGCCGGCGUGCAACAUGGUCUGGGAAUAGCAUGUUUCUAUCCUCUACUAGUUAGGAUAUCAUCCUCAUACUAGCUAGUAGACGAGAGUGCUUUUGAACCCCAUCUUUGCUUCGACAUCUAUCUCUACCCGUCACAUUAUUGAGGGUAGGAUUUGAGACUAGUCCGCUGGAAAGAGAGUUAGACAGGACAUGAAAUUGUUGAAAGGAAGCGCUUGCGACCAGACUCGCCUGUGGGGGUUUAACCGGUACUUGUACUGGUGUAUUUUCUUAUAGGCGGAUGGUCAAAGGCCUCUGGAAUA